CAUGAAAUGACGGGACUCGACAGAGAGGCGCUAUAUAUAUAUCAAAAGGAGGCCAUCUUUCUUCUGAAAGCACGUUGGUAAACCUAGAACCCUUCUGAUCCCUUCUGUUGCUCGAAACACAUUGGGUUAGGGUUUAGCGGUGAGCAUGGCGGCUGACAAGGGGAAGAGGUCGAAAAUCGCCGAGCAGGAAGGUGAAGAGUCCGCAGAUCAUAUCGACGGAGAACUGGUGCUUUCUAUAGAGAAAUUGCAGGAGGUGCAGGAUGAGCUCGAAAAGAUAAACGAGGAUGCAAGUGACAAGGUUUUGGAAGUGGAACAAAAAUUUAAUGAGAUACGCCAACCAGUCUAUAAGAGAAGAAAUGACAUAAUUCAAUCUAUUCCUGACUUUUGGUUGACUGCAUUUAUGAGUCAUCCAGGGCUUGGUCAACUUCUUAGCGAAGAAGACCAGAAGAUUUUCAAGUACCUGUCAUCUUUAGAAGUGGAAGAUUCUAAGGAUUUAAAAUCAGGAUACACUAUAACCUUUAACUUCAGCACUAAUCCAUAUUUUGAGGAGACAAAGCUAUCAAAGACGUACACCUUUUUUGAAGAUGGAACUACUGACAUAGCUGGAACAACUAUCAAGUGGAAGGAGGGAAUGGGUAUUGCAAAUGGUGCUUCUCAUGAAAAGAAAGGAAAGAAGCGCUCCCUUACUGAGGAAAGCUUUUUUUGUUGGUUUGAUGAAACUCGAGCAAAAAGUCUCUCGGGGGGAAUUUCUGAUGAGAUCGCUGAGAUUAUAAAAGAGGACUUGUGGCCAAACCCUCUAAGGUAUUUCAACAAUGAAGCUGAUGAGGAAGAUUUUGAUGGAGACGAGGAUGAUGACGAUGAGGAUAAAGGCAGUGAGGAGGAUGAUGAAGAUGAUGAACAGGAAGAUGAGGAGGAUGAGGAUGGCAACUAAGCGAAGCUGACAUUCUCAAUUUCAAGUUUGAUUUGUGUCGCAUUAUUGCACAAGGAAGCCUACGGAUGAAGAUAUCUGCAGCCAGUCCAUGAGAGUUUUCUUCAACCCCACGUUUCCAUAGCCUCACGACAGUCUUGCUAGUUAUUUUUGUAGCAUGUUUUCAAAUCAUUUGGUAUUGUUGCAGGUGGUUCAUCACCUACUCUUUCAUGCAUUCAUUCUCCCUCUUCGAUGAAUAUUUGUUAUUUUGGCAGCUUUUUUUAUAAUUUUAUGUAGUUGUUUGGAAUC